GACGCUCUAGCCGGCUCUAUCUCGCUGCCCCGCCGCGGGCGCAGAGCUGGCGCUCUAGCCCACGGAGUUGGUCAACUCCUCUCGCCGGUCCCAGGAAAGGGUUCCAAGUCCUUUAGUACGGGACGCUGUCUGGGAAUUCCGGGCGUUUCGGCUCCUUUGGUCGCAGAGACAGGAGGCACCAGACCGCAUGUCUGUCAUGGACCUCGCUAGUACUUGCUCCAGCUUUCAGUCGGACUUGGAUUUCUGUUCAGAUUGCGGCUCGGUCCUGCCUCUGCCCGGGGCUCAGGAUACGGUCACCUGUACUCGCUGUGGCUUCAACAUCAACGUUCGGGACUUUGAGGGGAAGGUUGUGAAGACUUCAGUUGUGUUCCACCAACUGGGGACAGCCAUGCCUAUGUCGGUGGAGGAAGGGCCUGAGUGCCAGGGACCUGUGGUUGACAGGCGCUGCCCUCGAUGUGGUCAUGAAGGAAUGGCAUACCACACCAGACAGAUGCGUUCAGCCGAUGAAGGGCAAACUGUCUUCUACACCUGUACCAACUGCAAGUUCCAGGAGAAGGAAGACUCUUGACCUUUUUCCUGGGCAACUCAACAGUCCCUCUGUCCUUUCGGAAGGUGAAGGAUACUGGGUUUUUAGAUGCCUUGUCCAUCCUGUCUGGUUGCAAUGUUUUGCUCCCAGAAGAGAAUCAGAUCAUCAUGUGCGGAUUACCAUUGUUCCUGGAGUACUCCUACCCUUAGUUGAAUUUCCUUAUUAAAGUUAUAUUUUUCUAUAA